AUGCGGCGCUGGCGGGGCGCGGGGCUGGCGGCGCUGGCCGCGGUGCUGCUCGUGGCUGCGGGCAGAGCCCAGGUGCAGCAGGAGCCGUUGGCACAAACCCCCGAGGGCACGGAAAUCACCAUCAACUGCUCACACCCGACCAUACGGACCAGUGACUAUAUCCACUGGUACCGUCAGCUCCGGGGCCGAGGCCCCGAAUUCCUCGUGAGCUUUCACAAAGGCUCCAAAGAUCUACCGGACAAGGCGGGUCAGGUGUCGGUGUCGCCAGACCGUCGCUGGAGCACCCUCUGUCUCUCCGGGCCCCGUGUUGGGGACGCGGCGGUGUAUUACUGCGCCGUGGCAGACACGGCCAGAGGAGCCGGGGCUGCGGCCGGGCACGAACCGCCGCGGGCGGGGCCGGGCGGGGCCGGGGGCACAGCGCCGGCCGGGGCCAGCAGGGGCCGCUCCUGCACCUCCAAGAUUUCUUUCUCAAACCAUGUCCCGCCUUCCUGGGCCCCCUUGUUUCAAAGGGCUGCUUUCCAAGGGGCUUUCCGAAUCGGUGUCCUCAACAGGCCCAAGUCCAACCUCCAGAAGUCGAGGGUACAGGUUUGGUUGAUGCUCCCCCUUAUUUCCCCAAGUGUGGAAAACUCUAACAUUUCAUGGUUGCUGUGCUCCAGAUGGCCUUUGAUCAGCACAUCUCUCACCAACCCUCCUCUGUUUGCAAACAGCAGGUCUGGGUGCUGUAUAAACUGCCUGACGAUCAAAAAUAUUAAAAUUCCACCGAUGGCAUUGGUCUUUAUGCCCGAGCAGAUGCAGGAAAUCAUACAUAAGACUGUAGUGGCUGCCAAGAGAAAGUUUCACCAGUCACAAGGGAUGAGAUGUACAUGUUACAGCAUCGUCUCCCCCAGACUGGCAGCCAACUCCUCAACACAAACCCUCUGUGGGGAGCAAGGAAGCAGUGAAGAGCUCUGCACCCACCUGCAGCUCUGCUGGGAAGUGCAAUCCCACAAUCCUUGUCCUUGCUGAUGUGCCCGUUCUCCUGUAGGUUCAGUGUCACAGGGAUGUCACCUCCCGCAGUAUUUCACUGUCUCCCUGUCCCCACUCGCUGUGACAGCCCUCAGCUGCCCUCACCUGCUUUGCUGCAAUUUCCAGCCUUGACUCAUUCAGCAGCCAAAGGAUGGUUCUCCUCAACAGAGGAGCCAUUGCAGGCUGUCCUGAAUCCAAAA